AGGCACCGCUCAGACGCCAUGCAAAUUGGUGCAAGUCAGUGCAUCACGUGUAAGUACCGUCCAGGAUUUCUGUGAUGUCUAUCCCUCGGUACGCGAGGUCGACAUGAGUGGCGAGUCGGCGCUUCAUCGUAAGAUGUAUUACUUAGACGUUUCUCUAGAAAUUCCAUCGGAUCCUGAUCUAAUAGUGUCUCCUGUGUAUCUCAAGAAGAAUAUUUUGGAAGCCGUCCGAUCGCUGUUCGGAGAGGAAGGAGCCAAGAGUUCUGUAGACAUUCUAAAGCUCUCUCCUGAAAAGCGUAGAUUUGUUCUACGCUGUUCACGUAACAGUUACGUCCGAUUACGAGCGAGUCUGACUCUGAGUACAAAAUACGAGGGAAAGACUUGCGUGUACACAGUUCAUCGAGCAUCACCGAAUUUAUUGUCAUUCACUGCUGACAGUAGAACGUUCCAGCACGGAGAAGUCCCUUUUGAUUCUUCGCCAUGCCAAUGAUAUAUAAAGAGGGUAAGG